AAGGCGUAGUUGUCGUUUUGCUAACGCUAUACAGAUUUUACGGAUUUUUAGAAGUUCCUAUUCCGUCGUGUGUACACAAAAUACACUAGCGCGCCCGCACCCGCGAUAACGUCGAGAUCAACAUCUGCAUAUAAUUAAUGUCGACAAACCAUAAUUUGAGGAAGGACUUGUUAGAUUAUUUAGAGAAGAAAACACAAGAGUCUAUCGACAACGAGGAUGAUUCAGAAAAUGAGGAAGAAAAGAUUUACAGGAGUGAUCACGACACUCAGUCAGUCGGAACAGAGCGGUGACGAGACAGAAGGGGCGCAAACAAGCGAAGGGGAAUUAUUUUUUGAAAGAGAGGCGAAACAAAUAACAUUUCAAAAAGCCGUUCAUCGAUCUGCGAAGGAAACCCCAGGUAAAGCGACCUUUACUACGUAAAUGUCGACGAUCGAGUCCUUGAAAUGGAAGAAAUACCCUUAUUCACAACCGUCGAAAGUGAAAAAAAGAAACGUUAUGAAACGUUUUACCUGGACUAACAUCAGCCAAAAGACAUCACCGACAAAGUAAGUGCAUUUCAUAAGAUUUUUUACUUAGGUAUAUGGUCGAUGAUAUUGUCAAAUACACAAAUAUGUACAUCAAGUCCAAGCGGUCUGUUUCAUAUAAACGAGAGAGGGACUGCCGAGAUACCACGAGGUGUGAGAUUUUAGCUUUGAUCGGGACUCUUUUUUUUAUUGGAACGAAGAAAGGAUCUUACACUAAUGUUCUGGAACUGUGGACAACAAAUGGAACCGGAAUACAGAUACUCCGAGCAGUCAUGGGCUACAAGCGGUUUCUAUUUUUGUUGAGAUGUCUCCGAUUCGACGAUAAGUCAACGAAAAGUGAGAAGAAACAGACGGACAAGUUGGCACCAAUCAGAUCGAUGCUGGACUCAUUUGUCAGAAAUUGUAAAAACAGUUACACCGUGAGCGAAUACGUUACAACUGAUGAAAUGCUGCAUCCAUUCAGAGGUCGUUGUAGUUCUGUGCAGUACAUAUCGAGCAAACCGGCUAAGUACGGACUGAAAUGUUUUGCAAUGUGCGACGCAAAAACCUUUUACACAAGCAAUUUGGAAGUUUACUGUGGAACGCAACCGAGUGGACCUUUCAACGUGUCAAAUUCUCCGACUGACAUUGUAAAAAGACUUGUCGAGCCAAUCGAAGGCUCGAAUCUGACAACGGACAGUUGGUAUACCAGCUUGCCGAGUAUUUUUUGGGGAAGAAUAUCACAUUCCUUGGAACUAUGCGCAAAAACAAAUUGGCAAUUCCCCUGGAAUUUCUCCCAAGAAAAAAACCGAAAGACUCAAUCGACAAAUCUUCGUUGUUCGGUUUUCGAAAGCAGGAAACUUUGGUACCGUACGUUCCGAAACCAAAUAACGCUAUUAUCUUAUUAUCCACAAUUCACGAUUUAGCAGAGCUUGAUAAAAUCACGAGAAUACCAGAAAUAGUGCUCAGUUAUAACGAAACAAAAGGAGCAGUUGAUACAAUGGAUAAAAUGUGCACUGCGUAUUCUGUAUCUAUAGAAUCACUAACCGAUGGCCUCUAGCUUUGUUCUUCAUGAUGUUGAACAUAGCAGGGAUAAACUCCCAGAUACUUUACUUCGCGAAAUAUUGCGACCGAGAUCAGUAUCGACGAAGAAUUUUUUUGACUGAUCUAGCUUUCGGCCUGAUAAAAGAACAACUUGCGCUGCGAGCUAAAAUACAAUCGCUACCCAUCGAUAUUCAAGCAUUCCUACGGAAAAAUCUUCCUGCUGAGAAGGAAGAUCAAUCACUCGAUUGUCGUCGAAAGCGAGGGAGAUGCAAGUUUUGCACAAAUACGUCUACCACCUUGACAUGCCACAAAUGUACUCAAUUUAUUUGUAAAAAACAUUCUACGCGUUUUGUUAUUUGUAAAGUUUCUCAAAGUACUCGGUCUGAAAUAGAUUCAUAACUUUUUU